UUUCGGUUUCUUCCCCCCCCCCCCCCCCCCACACAGUAUCCCCGCGAUCGUCCUCCUCCGCAGGAGCAGCAGAUCUCCGCCGCUCGAAUCUCUCCCCGCCCGGCGCCGGGAUCCGCCUCCGCCGCCGCCGCCGCCGCCUCCGUCUCCACCGGCGAUCCAUUCCGGCGCUCGGGCCGAGCGAGCCUCGAUCCGAAUCGCGGUCGCCUCCCUCCCGACUUUCGCAUUCCUCGCGCUCUCCUUUUUCCGAAAUCCGGUCGGGAUCGGUGGAUCCUCCCCCGCGGUUCUCGAAGGAGCGAAGGGAGAGAACGGAGCAGGUGGCCGAAGUUCGAUCGUGCGCCCCGAGCGAUGAAUUACAGAAGGGAGCCCCGUUCUGCUAAAGCGGCUCUUUUUGAUGGUUACAAUGGUCUUGAGGAAGGCCUUAGAGCCUCCUCAUCCUACUCUCAUCAGAUUAAUGAGCAUGACAAUGACAAAGCAGUUGACAGUUUAGAGGAUAGAGUAAUCUUCCUGAAAAGAUUAACAGGGGAUAUUCAUGAGGAGGUAGAAAGUCAUAAUCGCUUUCUUGAUCAAAUGGGCAAGAGCAUGGAUUCAUCAAGAGGUGUAAUGUCAGGAACCAUGGAUCGAUUUAAGAGGGUCUUUGAAAAGAAAUCCAACAAGCAGAUGUGCAAACUUGUGUCGUAUUUUGUGGUUUCCUUUCUAGCAGUAUAUUUCCUUAUCAGGUUUCUUGGAUAUUUCAUGCAUGGUUGAGGGGACAACUUUUGAACCUCCUCUCUCAAUGUCUGGUGAAAGUUUUUUUUCCUUUAAUUUAAGGAGUUCUUUUUUAUCUUCAAUUGAAUCUGUAGCAUGGAAUGCUGGAGAGAACCGCUUAACUUAAGUCAAUUUCCUGGCCAGCUUGUCACUACAUUGUUAUGAACUACAGAAUCAUGUAAAUGCCGAUUGAAUUGCAUUGGCAA